AUGUUCACGUCCCUUUUCGACAACUUGAACCCAUCCGCCACAGACAAUUAUCCAAUGUUCAAACGUGUGGUGAAGCGACAAAAGAAGCGUCAAGAGGAUGAAGAAAAUGGAAUCACCGAGGAGGUUAAAGAAAUGAUGGGGUGGCAAGACAGCGACGAAUCCUCAUCAGAAUCCGACCAGUCGGAAAAGACAGAGGCCUCGUCUUCGGAUUCGGAGGAUGAGCACCCAACAAAGAAAAGAAAACGAAAGGAUGAAGAUGAAGACGAGAGUAGUGACGAAGACAGCGAACGAGGACACAGCUCGCCUGCAUCAGAGAGUGGGGACGACCAAGUCGAAGUCAAUGAUGAAGAAAUAUCGCGUAUGACUGUUAGAGAAGCUCUAAAGAACUCUAUUGAAGAGCAGAAUUGCGUGAUAUGUCCUGGAAAACUCCUCAAGAAUAUACACAUGGAGAAAACUCACCUGGAAUCGGCUUCUCACAAACGGCGGUUGAAGCGAUUCAGCGAGCUAGCCGCCAAACUAUCUGCAAAAUUCGACGUCUACUCCGACUCUGUGUCGCUCGUUGUUCAGCUCAUGGAUCGUGAAUCUUCCGGACCAGGUAAACACGCCGCUGUUGCAAACUCCUCAGAGAUGUCGAAUCGAGCCAAAAGGAGACAACGUAUAGAAAAGAUGAAGGAAAAGCGAAAGAGGAAGAAGAUGAAGGCCGCGGCAGCUGCAAAUUCAGAACUGGGACGACCCAAGAAGAAGAAGCGUACGACCGAAAAAUAA